GGCUCGCACGCCUCCUCACGCUCGCGGGCUCGGGGCUCAGGCUCUGACAAACACUUGGCUCACACAGAAAGCCCUCCACCCUCUCUCGCCCCCGCCGCGUGAUCGCCGCGCCGCCCAGAAGAUUCUGCGCCGGGACAUGGGGGGAGGCCUGGAGGUCGACCUGUCGCACGGGGCCGUGGCGGCGCUGUGGAGGUCGCCGCCGUCGAGUUGGCGCCCCGUGCUGCAGGUGGCGGACGCGCGCCAUGUGCCGGACGGCAGCGGCCUCAGCCCGGCGCCGGAGCAGCGGUACCGCCUCGACCUCUCCGACGGCGUGCACUUGCAGCCUGGCACGCUCGCCGCCUCCCUGAACCACCUCGUCAGGGACGGGGCCCUCCGCCGGGGCUCCGUGGUUCACGUCCUCGACUCCAACUGCGACUACCGCCGCAGGACCAUCGUCAUCAUUCAGUUACAAAUCCUGCAACCUGAGUGUGCUCUGAUUGGCAGUCUCAAGCUCUAUGAGCCAACAAGGAAAUCUUGCGGGUUCAGCACAAGAUCAAUUAGAUAUGCUCCCAGGCCUGAUUGCGAACCUUAUUAUGGAGGCCAGCACAUUCACCAGAGUGGUAUUGCAUCCGAGGCUGAGGAAAGGACAUAUCACGGGCCUUUUGGUGGAUCCAGUCUACCUGGUAGAGACACGCCAUGUUCUCUUGAUCUACCGGCAGAACCAGCUGCCUGGAAAACGGUUGGCCAGAUCAAGGAUGAAUACUUGGGGUACUUCGAUAGGCCAUACUUCAUCACUGUCAAGGCUGAUAUUUCAUUUGUAGGUACUGAGCACUUUUAUUGCUCUGCUGCUUGCCCGCUGGUGGUCAAUGGUAAGCGAUGCAAUGUUGAGGCAUCUAGUAAUGUUGAUGGGAUGUGGCACGGUAAGAGACAUGGGCGCAGCUUUGGUUUCUGUGACUCUGGGUACUUGGUUCACAUUCAGAUCCAGGAUCACACAGGUACGACUUCUGCUACUGCUUAUGGAAAGGCCGCAAAAGAGAUAUUUGGCUGCACUGCAAAGGACCUGUACUUGUUGGAGUAUGAAGAGCAAGAUUACAAACAACUGGAUGAUAUCAUACUGGGUGCUGUGAGUAAGCAAUUUGUACUCAAGCUGAAGGUCCAAGCGAAGCCGUACUCUGAUGCGCGGCGCAUGAAGUGUGUUGUUCUCAAAGCCAAAAAGGUGAAUCCAUCAGCUGAAUCCUGUCGGCUCCGGGAGGCGAUCGAUGCGCAUUUUGGGGAUUGUCUAGGAUCUUCCUUGGAGUUUGGUAGUUCCAUGCCCACGUACUCCAGUUUGUCGGAUUUGAAGGGCUGUUCAGCUGCACAAUCCUCCAACAGUAGCCAUACCAUCAGUCCUGGCCGUGCGAGGCGGCUGUGCUCUGCAGACGGAUACAGACAGCAAGUCAAUGAAUUUUACAUGGAGCCCUCCACACUCUCGGCCUUUGGCGCUUGCGGGUGGGGCCGUGACCACCGCUCAGACAUUGAUGAGCAGAGAUCAUCAGCACCUGAUGGCUUCAUGGGCAGGUUCCAUGGUGCUUCCCCUGGUGUCAACAUUGCUCUCGAUAUGCGCCCCAUGGUGCUUUCCCAUAGGCAGUCUGCAAACCUCUGCGCAGGGGACUGAACGGUCUCCAGAGGGUCUCGCAGGUGAUGGCUAGUGGCCUCAUGGUCUUCUGUUUCUGGAGAUGGGUGGUUGAAGCAAGUUCUUACUUACCACGUUAGUUAGUCUAUGGGACUAUGGAGUAGUUUUAUGUCUGCCUUGAAGCUAUGGUUCCUGGGCCGGAGCAAGAGUUUGUGUUUUGGGUGCUUGAAUCAGGACCAUAUGGGUAAGUCGGCGGUAUCACGUAGUAGCUGUAUGUGUGGCUUGACCGCUUGAGUCUAUCAGGAGUUCUGGACCAUGUAGUAUUCUGAAUACUGUAUUCAGCAAGUAUCAUGUAGUUGUAUUUGUAGGGCUUGGAUUCAGGGACAUGUAUCAGUACCUUAUGGCUCCGUAUGUGUUCAUUAUAAUAUCUUCCAAGACCCUGCAUUGGUAUUUUCGCUGGGUGUA